AUGAAGGUGACCAUAAUCACCAGAAAAUACAUCAAACCUUGCAGCCCAACCCCUCCAAACCUCAGGCGCUACAAAUUAUCCGCCUUAGAUGAGAUCCUACCACCCAUGAACAUGAGCGUCAUUCUCUUCUACACGCCAAACCCCAAACCCGACCCGACUAUCGACCCACAACAAACUCUCCCUCGUGUCCUCACCCGAUUCUACCCUUUCGCCGGACGGUACCUCAAAAACGACCUCUCGGUCGACUGCAACGACGAGGGCGCCGAGUUCGUCGAAGCCGAGGUCCCCGGCCUCGACCUCGCGACCUUUCUCUCGAAGACCGAGAACGACGGCCUCGACUGCCUCCUCCCCCGGACGACUUACGACCGCGUCGACAAUCCCGACGACCCGAUACUCUCUGUUCAAGUCACUAAUUUCCCCGAAUGCGGCGGCCGGGCCGUCGGCAUCAGCCUCUCGCACCGAAUCUCCGACGCGUCCACGCUCGGGACAUUCGUCUCCGCAUGGGCCCACGCGUCCGACUCGGAAAAAACCGUCCUCCCGACUUUCGACGGGCCGUCGAUUUUCCCCGGCACGGGCCUCGCGCCCGAAUUCGCGCCGCCGAGGAGCGUCGCGGUCCGCCGGCUCCAGUUCGGGCGGGAGGCCGUGUCCCGAUUGAGAUCCGUGCUCGGGCCGGAAUCUCGGGUGCGCGUGGCGAGCGCGGUCGUGGCCAAGGCGUUAUUGAGAAUCGAGGCCGCGAAGAACCGCGGGGGAUCGUUGAGGGCUUGCUACUUGGGGCAAGGGGUGAACAUGCGGUCGAGGACGGUCCCGCCUCUCGGGAGCCACGCGUGCGGGAAUUUCGUGUAUGAGGCGGUGGCACGGUGCAUGGAGGCUGGCGCUCGGGAGCCAGGGCUCGACGAGUUGGUUCGUGUGGUCGGGGGAUCGAUAGAGAAGGCGGUUGAGGACUGUGGGAGGAUGAUGUGGUUGGAUGGAGAAGGGCGCGUGGAGAUGGUGAGAGGGCCGUUGGAGAAAGUGUUUGAGACGUUGGCGAGCGGGGAUAAUGUGGCGUUGUGGUUUACGGAUUGGAGCAAGUUUGGGUUUUACGAAGCGGAUUUCGGUUGGGGGAAGCCGGGUUGGGUGCGGGUGGGGAAGGUGUGUACGGAGAAUCUGACGGUACUUAUGGACGAUAGAGCGGGCGGGGGAAUUGAGGCGUGGGUGCAUCUAAGCCAUGAGGACGUGCCUUCCUUUGAGAGUGAUGAUGAUAUCAAGUUGUUCUUAGUUGCCUAA